UUAGAAUUCAGUUCUCAUGUGUCUCAGUGUAGAUGUUUUUUUCCUGGUGAUUAUCGGAUUCGUUGAUGCAGAUUUUUUUAAUGUCUGGACGAUGGCGAACGGACCUACAGUAAAAGCCCGAGUGCUUCUUCAGCAGUGUUUAUAUGCAAAACUUCAAGUGAAACCUGCAGAUGAGGAAUCUGAGGUGGAAUGGGCUGAGAUUAAUCGUGGAAUGGUCAUCUAUAUUUGCUUCUUCAAAGGUGCAGCUGAAGAUAUGAUCCCCAAAAUGGUGAACACCCUCCUGAACGUAAAGCUGUGCGAGACUGAAUCUGGGAAAUACACCUCUGUUGUUGAUUUGCCUGGCAGCAUCCUUAUUGUACCUCAAGCAACAUUGGGAGGCAAAGCGAAGGGAAAGAGCAUGCAGUACCACAACAACAUCGGUAAAGAGGAUGGCCAGAAGCUCUAUGCCAGUUUUGUCAGUCACUGUGAAAAGGAGCUGAGCUCAGCCUCCAAGUGUGCAGAAGCCGGUGCAGAAGUCAAACACGGGACGUAUGGCAACAGACAAGUCCUGAAACUGGAUACAAAUGGACCGUAUACUCAUUUAAUGGAGUUUUAAAAACUGUAUUCUAAAUUGUAAAAGUGGGGGAAAUUUUGUCAUUAAUAAAUCUAGAAAUUGUUUAUCUUUCGCUACA